CAACUUUCUCUAUGUUACCUUGCCUUCAGCUAUCUCGUCGUAUGUACGAUGUCGCUCUCCCACUGUUCUAUCGAGAUAUCAAGGUGGUCCAAGAAAGACUCGCUGCUGAAGGACCAAACUUUCAACUUCUUCGCUCCAUAGACUCAAACCCAAGCCUCGCACCUCUGAUCCGCACACUUGAUCUCACGGGGUUUCUCAACUCUGGUCGGCCUUGGCUUGUUCCGCGAACCUUGCUUCUCUUUCUCCGUUUGAGAUCCCUACAUUUACAGCUCGGCGAGAUGAAGAAGCUCAGUGACCAAGCUAUCCAGAAAAUAUUUUUCGGGAUGCCAGACUUGGAGACAUUGACCAUUGCAGAUACUUGUCCCAAAACCCAUCCGACCUAUCUGUCCGAUGUUCUUCGGACUAUGGAGUCUGUCGGUCCGGAUACAUUCUCUAACAUCCGUUCCCUGACUUGUAGGAGCAACUCCGACUUCAUCCAGUUGUGGAACCUUGCGGACCGUGUCAGCUUUGUUGACACCGAUAUCUUCAGCAAUGUUCUUCCACGAUUUCCAAAACUUCAAGCUCUCGACCUAGCAUACACCUCCGUCAAUCCGCAGUCGUUGCUAGCGAUCAAUCCUGAUGCGAAAUUACAGUUCUUGCGUAUCACCAAUUGUCAGGAUAAUGACACUUCUAUGCUAGCACAUUUCCUCGCGACUCAUACGGCAGUCAAAAACUCAUUGGUUGUGUUCGACGCGACAGGUGUAAGGUUCACUCAGCAAGACACAACAACCAUACUUGACGGUUUUCCUCCGACCCUUCGUUCUUUGAAUCUCAGCAGCUCAAAUAUGACUGCGAAUCAUGUUCCUCAACUCCAAAAGCUUUGUCGACAUUUGGAAGAGCUGAGUGUGGGGCAUGGGCUCACCAUGGACCAAGUCGAGGCAAGCAUCAUGGGGCCAAAUUUUGAAUUUGAUUUCUCUACCACUCGUCGUUCCCUGCAUGAUGCCCGAACUUCGAAAGACGCGCUUGGGCACGAGCUCACCUUAGGCCCUAUGAGAGACGCCAUUGCUACUUGCAAUCUACGACGAAGACUGGCCUCUGUUUCUCCUAUGAACCGCCACACCAAUACUUACAGAUCUCGAAUCAGGUAUUUGAACCUCAGCAGCAUGGAUGAAGAGGAUCAGGGCAGGAUCACAAAUUCAGUGCUGUUGGGAAAGCACUCAAAGCCUUUGGAAUUGAUCGUCAUCCCUAACGUCAGCACUGAAGAUUACCACAUCCUUCAAAAACUGUGCGGCGGCUGUGGGUGGCGGGAUAAAUGGAUGAAUGGGAUGGUUUGGGUGGAAAGAGGGUGAAAAGUUGCGUCGACCUCUAGUCCUCUAACGAGGAGUCUUCCUAGCAAAUUCGGGUCUGCAAUUUUAACUACUCGCUGAUCGAGAUCCUCGACACAAAAUUUGUUUUAUGUCAAAUGGCACCUGUAAUAUCCAUCGCGCAGCGCUGAAC